AUGAUCCAGAAACAAAAAGCCCUAGAAAUGCUAGAAAUGGCGUCUGAAAGAUCAGACCUGAAUGUUUCGCCAGAAGAGUGUUCGCAACAAUCUUUGACACCCUCAUCUAUGGCUGCUGGACCACAAUUGAUAGGAGCGACGUAUCUGAUGACGCGAGAGAGAGCCAUGGCGCAUGCUGGCGACAUUGUCAAGAAUCUGGGGCAUCGAGGUUUUGAUCAAGCAUCUCUUGUCCCACAAAUGAACGAAUGGCUAUCGCUGCCUGUGAUCAAAGUGCUCAGCGAGGAAAUGAAAAACAGAGUCUCGAUCUGGUGCCAACAGCAUGGCCGAGAAUGGCUUGACGCAAUUCGGGACGCGGAUGAAGACAUCAUGGAAUAUCAGUACACCUCUACCCUCGAAGAACCGGUUACUACGAUCCCAACUAUUCAAAGCAGUGUCGAAGAGAAGCUUCAUGAAUGGAUGCAAGAAAUCUUGCACGAGCAGCGGGAAUCCACAGCCAAAAUAAUGGCCAGGAUUGAUGGUUUGCAGCACCUAGACCAAACUUCUCCAGCUGCACCGCCCACCAAACGUCGGCGAGCAAAUACCCGAGGACCUUCAAAGAAUGUGUCUAUGGAUAAUCUUCAGAAGAUUGACGAGGGGUUAUGCCAUCUCCUGGGCGAUGAUAGCGAGCUCGUCCACUGCUUCCGCGAGUAUGCUGUCAAUGCUGAUCCAAACUUUUCCGAUGCUCGAUCAAAGCCCAACGAAAAGGCUUUCUGGUCAAAGGGCCAACUAGAGAACUUCCGGAAAGAAGCACGAGAGUUGGGACUCGGUAUCCUCGAAUAUAAGCUUCUUGACCGAACAUGUCAGGAAAUGGACGAGGGCGGUUUGAGCAUGGAAAACAUUGCCGUACUAUCUCGUCAACUGGCGUCUCGGGAGCAAUAUGAGAACCUCGAAGCCAAAUUUCCGUUUCCAGUUGUUUGCGACAAAGAAUAA